AUGAUGGCAACAGUUCAUACUGGCAGUAACGACAGAGAACACCCCAACUCCAGUCCAAUUGGCUCACCGCGGCCCCCACACUCUCCCAUGCCCCAUUCCCCGAUGCCCCAUUCACCGAUGCCCCAUUCACCAAUGCCCCAUUCACAUGCCCCAUUCACCGAUGCCCCAUUCACCAAUGCCCCAUUCACCAAUGCCCUAUUCAUCGAUGCCCCAUUCACCAAUGCCCCAUUCACCAAUGCCCCAUUCAUCGAUGCCCCAUUCCCCGAUGCCCUAUGGCAUGUACCCUUCGAGUGUCGUCCUAACGAAUUUCAAGUAGAUUCCGUUAAACAUGCUCCGUGCAGUCAGGACACGGCAUCGCCAGUGCUGUCUCCUCAGAGGUUGGAGUGUCCCCCUGGGUUCAUGCACUACCGCCGGCCGUCUGAUGAGGCUGCUAUCAUUCUCAGAAACUACACCUUCAACUGCCUGAUGCCAGACAAGACCAUGUCUCUUCCGAUGUAUGGCAGAAUGGCACCUCUAUCCCCGGCUGAGAGUCUGUCUCCACAUGAACACCUCUCCUACCCUGGCACAGACCUGAGUGAGACAGGACGGAUGCUGAGCACAGCACUCAGUGACGGGUACCUGACCAUGCACGACACACACUCUGACCUCAGUCCUCACCACCACCAGCUCUCGGCGUCUCUGGACGGCCGUCAUUUCGGACAGGCUUUGAACGACACCCUGUUCCCACCGCUCACGCAAAACGACCGCCAUCCGUCUGCCCCUCAGCUGGUCUCCAUGCUCACUGACAACAAGGCUGAUGUCAUGCUACAAGAUGACGUGGUAGGCCCUCUAUAAUAGCAGAAAAAAGUUUGCUGAACAAACGUGGCUAAAGUUUUCAGCAAAGUAUAUACAAGAUAUUAGAAAUACGAAAAACAUUACGGUAUGUGUGACAGAAUUUACAAAAUCCUUCAUUC